AUGAGUUCCGAUGGAGCAUUUAUGAUUGACGACGGAGAGAACAUCUUGUUAUGGUUGGGCCAAAGCGUGUCGAGUCAAUUUUUGAAUGGUGUGUUCGGCGUGGGGUCUCUGGUAGAGAUCGCCAGUGAUUUGGGUUCUGGUGCAAUAGUUAGCACUGGGGAUGAUAACUCCCUCCGACUUGUGAAUAUCAUAGAGGAAAUCAGACGGGAGCGCCGCCACUAUAUGCCGUUGGUUAUACUACCUCAAGGCCACCCACAGGAGAACAAGUUUUUCGAGAGGCUUGUGGCGGACCGAACAGCGGGCACUCAAAUUUCCUAUGAGGAGUUUAUGCAAAGGCUAGGG